ACGUGUAACCCCGCUCUCUCGGGAAACUCAAUAAGCUAGGAUGAUGACUGAUGAUUCGUGCACCAUAAUGCCUACUUAAGUUCCAGUUUGUAAGACUAGGACACUUCAUACACAGACAUGCCAGUAAUCCUACAGAUAGAGAUGCCACAUAAAAACACAUUAGUUCUAGUGUUAGUUGAGAAAGAAAUAUAGUAAUUCAAUAGGGGAAUUUGUGCAUAGAUUGUAUACAUGCUUAAUUGAUUGUUUGAGGCAAGUUGUCGAGUUGAUCAAACAUAGGAGAUGGACAGGUAUGAGAUUCUGAAAGAUAUAGGUUCUGGGAACUUUGGAGUAGCCAAGCUGGUGAAAGAUAUCUGGACUGGUGAGCUUUUUGCUGUCAAGUAUAUUGAGAGAGGUCAGAAGAUUGAUGAGCAUGUGCAGAGGGAGAUCAUGAAUCACAGGUCCUUAAACCAUCCCAAUAUAGUUAGGUUCAAGGAGGUCUUCCUCACACCAACUCAUCUUGCCAUCGUAAUGGAGUACGCUGCUGGUGGGGAGCUUUUUGAAAGAAUUUGCAAUGCUGGUAGAUUCAGCGAAGACGAGGCAAGAUUUUUCUUUCAACAGCUUAUAUCAGGAGUUAGCUACUGCCAUUCAGUGCAAAUUUGCCAUCGGGAUCUUAAGCUGGAAAAUACACUCUUAGAUGGAAGCCCAGAACCACGUCUCAAAAUAUGUGAUUUUGGCUAUUCUAAAUCCUCAGUAUUGCAUUCCCAACCCAAAUCUACAGUAGGAACGCCGGCCUAUAUUGCACCAGAGGUCUUUUGCAGAAAAAAGUAUGAUGGGAAGAUUGCAGAUGUUUGGUCAUGUGGGGUUACCUUGUAUGUGAUGCUUGUUGGUGCUUAUCCAUUUGAAGAUCCUGAGGAUCCAAGAAAUUUCAGAAAAACAAUUAAUAAAAUUCUGAGCGUUCAAUAUUCAAUUCCUGAUUAUGUUCGAGUCUCCAGGGACUGCAAACAUCUUCUGUCUCGAAUAUUUGUAGCUGACCCUGAAAAGAGAAUAACCAUUCCAGAAAUCAAGAAGCAUCCGUGGUUUUUAAAGAAUUUGACUGUGGAAUUUGUGGAAGGAGAACAAGCCAGCAUUCAAGUGAACAGUGCAGCCAACUAUUCUCAAAGUAAUGAAGAGGUGUUGGCUAUAAUACAAGAGGCGACGAAAUCGACAGAGGGGCCUGGAGUUGGAGAAAAUUUCAUUGGAGGCAGCAUGGAUCUAGAUGAUAUUGAUGCUGAUUGUGAUAUAGAUGAUAUAGAGACAAGCGGAGAGUUUGUUUGUGCAUUAUGAAUGCUACUUCUCCAUAACAGUGAAUUUUGAAUUGUCAUCUAAAAUGUGAAAACUGCAUAUCAGAGCUAGUCUUUCAGGGGCUGUUUUAGUCAGUCAAUCGUUUUAUGUUUCUGGAUCUUGCUGUAUAACUAAUCUUCACUCCUGAAGUCCUUUUCAAACGAUUUGGAAAACCAUAGGUCGUUGUAAGAUAUUGCAUUCAAUUGGCUUUCUGGUAUGACAUAAGGAUUCCACAA